CUGAUAGUUGAGUCUGCGGAGGGCAGUGCGGAUAGGGGAGACGACAACAACAUCGUUCAGGCAUAAUGAGAUUUUUGUCAAGUCUCCUUUGUGCAGCUCUUUUGUUCAAACAGGUUUUAGGUGAACAUGGCAUGGCACAUUUCAGCGAUCAGGGGAACAGUAAAGGCAAAGAUUACUGCAUAUUCUUCAACUCUCAGUGGGCUCGACUACCUCAGGACCUCAGUAAAGCAGCACGGCUGCAGACUUACGAUCUCACCACCUCUGUCCUGUGCUCCCCCUCUGAUGUACCCGAGGGUGGCUUCCCAAACAGCAUCCCAAUGGUGAUGAGAGGAAAUUGCACUUUCUAUGAAAAAGUCCGAUUGGCCCAGAUCAAUGGUGCCAAGGGACUACUGAUCGUCAGCAAAGACAGACUGACUCCACCCUCAGGCAACAAGUCCCAGUAUGAGGAGAUAGGCAUCCCAGUGGCCUUGCUAAGCUAUAAAGACAUGCUGGAGAUCAGUAAGACGUUUGGGGAGAAACAGCAGGUGGCCAUGUAUGCGCCCAAUGAACCGGUGGUGGACUACAACAUGGUGCUCAUCUUUCUGAUGGCAGUGGGCACAGUCGCUGUCGGAGGAUAUUGGGCUGGCAGCAGGGACAUUAAAAAACGUUACAUGAAGCACAAAAGGGACGACGGUGCAGAGAAACAAGACGAGGAGAUCGUUGACGUCACCCCCAUCAUGAUUUGUGUGUUCGUGGUCAUGUGCUGCUCUAUGCUGGUGCUCUUAUAUUUCUUCUAUGAUCAAUUGGUAUACAUGACUAUAGCAACGUUCUGUCUGGCUUCUGCUGUCGGUCUGUACAGCUGUCUUUGGCCUUUUGUCCGAAGACUACCAUUUGGGAAAUGCAGGAUACCUGAGAAUAACUUGCCAUAUUGCCACAAGCGGCCACAGGUGCGCAUGCUGAUCCUUUCAGCCUUCUGUAUAGGAGUCAGCGUCACUUGGGGAGUUUUCCGCAACGAAGACCAGUGGGCGUGGAUACUUCAGGAUGCUUUGGGCAUCGCUUUCUGUCUCUACAUGCUGAAAACAAUCAGGCUACCUACUUUCAAGGCCUGCACUCUGCUGCUGGUCGUGCUGUUCGUGUAUGACGUGUUUUUUGUUUUCAUAACACCACUCUUAACUGAGAGUGGGGAAAGUAUCAUGGUUGAGGUGGCGGCUGGUCCCUCUGAUUCCUCUACUCAUGAAAAGCUUCCCAUGGUGCUGAAAGUGCCCAGGUUAAAUUGGUCUCCUCUGGUCCUGUGUGACCGGCCCUUCUCUCUCCUGGGUUUCGGGGAUAUCUUGGUACCAGGUUUGCUUGUAGCGUAUUGUCACAGAUUUGACAUUCUCAUGCAGACUUCUCGAAUAUACUUUCUGGCCUGCACUUUUGGCUACGGCAUUGGUCUUCUCAUCACAUUUGUGGCUCUGGCUCUGAUGCAGAUGGGUCAGCCUGCCCUCUUAUACCUGGUGCCUUGCACGCUUCUCACCAGUCUUGCGGUGGCACUGUGGCGCAAGGAGCUGCCUUUGUUCUGGACAGGAAGUGGAUUUGUGCCUCCUCCAAUUGUGAUGGAACAAAUCAACUGUACUCAAACCACAGGACUGUCCACAGACGAACCCCAGUCCAAUCCGGAGCCGCCGGACUCUGAAACGACCAAUCAGAGUGAGGACCCCCCUCCACCAGCCCAAGUAGAAGUACCGCAUCUUACAGAUGCAUCUACUUAACAAAAACAAAAGACUGGAAGGAUGCUAAUUUCUUUUUCAUUUUUUGAAGUCGGUUAUAUAUCUGACUAUGUAAUAGACUUGAGUAGUAUGAACAUCUCAGUGCACUUGUUUUAAGCCUUUGAAGUUGUACAGUCUGUGUAAACCAAAAAACAUGGAGACACAACACCUGCUGUGCUUCAUCCAACUCGUUUCAAGUUUACGUUUGAUGGUAUUGGGAGGGGGUCGAAGGGACAGUUUUAAUUGUCUUCACAAGGAUUUCAACUCUGUGUUCGUUUUGUUCUCUCUCUUCUUUUUGUUUGUAAAUAGACUGUAAAAACAGCCUUUCAGUAAAUGAAACGAAGUGCAGCUAGACAUUUUAAAAAAAAUGUCCAGAAAAUUAAAGACAGCUCAUAAAAAAAUUUGGCUUCCAGUUGAUAAUGCAUUAGUGACGGGUUCUUGUCACAACAGCGCUGAAGUAUCACAUCCUUUGAAAUACGGUGCUAGUAAGGCGUCGGGAAUAAUGAUUUAUUAGUUUCAUUCUUUAGUUCUGAGAUGCGAAUGCUGUGGAUUGAGAUUGUUAAUUGUUUAUAUUACGCUAUGCUGUAUAAUUAAGAGCAGCGCUGUUAUACACGGCCACAUAAUUUAACAAAAACUUCCAUAUUGGUUUGGAAUGUGACUUCAACUUUAGUUGCAUUGAUAUAGAUCAUAAUCAUAUUCUCAUGGCUUAUUUAAAAGUAUUGUAUUUAGAAGUUUCCGUUUACUUGAUGGAAGGGAUGUUCGAGGUCUUUAAAUAAAAUGCUUUUUAAGUGCAGUUUUUAAGGAUAAUUUCCCGCCCAUCUGUUGAGUGACAGUCCUGUUUUAUAGUAGGAAUUUUGUAUUCAUGGUACUUUUUUUUAAAAGUUGUUUUUCCAGUGUAAAGCACUGAUGUUUUUGUGUAUGAUUUAACAAUCUGAAGUUACGUCAAGUUUAUUUAAGAAGUUUAUGUUGCUCUGUUGUCUCAUUGAAAUCUUUUUGACUUGGGUACACCGUGAUGAUCAUGUGGAAUAACUUGGGACAAUUGUUGAGUGCAUAUAUUAAAGGAAUAAUGCAUUAUGUUA